AUGGAUGGUAACAACAACGAACGGCGCAACUAUUCGGACAUUCCCUCUUCGAGUUCGACUCAAGCACCUACUAUCGUCAUAGGCAAUGUAUCCCAAGCGAGGACAUCGACUUUCGACUUGCCCAUGGUCCCAAGCCCUCCGGCAACCCCAGACUCCUCCAGUGAGGCUCGACCAGCUAGCUCAUCUUCAGCUAGGGGUCGUCUGACCAUGUCAAGACAUGACUCAAGUAGGAGGAUUCUGUUGUACCCUGAAGGCGACUUUCGGAACAGCUCAACACCGGAACUGCGAGAUUUGAAGACUGACAUGAUGUGCAACUGGCUGCACCAGCAGCAACUGGAGCGGAUGUGGUCAACCAAUGGCAUUGAAGAAGGGGUCAUGCUCAAGAAAGCGAAGAACGACUACAAGUGUGCCCCUGAAGACCUUCGUUCUCGGCCCGAAGGAGUUUAUGAUGCGGUAAGAAGGCUUAAUGUCAAGUGUGCCAUGACAGUCAACACAGGCGUUGUCAAACUAUUCCUCCAAGAUCAGUCACUCACCCACAUGCCGCUUGACUCCGGCCUCCGGCUGCAAAUCCUCCCGAGCAUUUCUCACCUUCCUGACUGCCAGAAACAUCAGUUCGCAGCAUUCGUUCGCACCUAUAAUAUCCUCAUCGUCUGGGAUGACGAUCCAAAUCACAUCCUCAAACGUGUCCAGUCAAUAGAAGACCAACUUAUCAACAUGAUUUGGAAGGAAGAAUGCGAAGACGAUGAAUCCUAUGCUCAUAUUCCCAGUGCCAUGCCCAGCACACUCAAUCUCGACAAGGCCAACGACGAAGAAGGAUCGUCUCAAAUUGCCGACAUGGGACAGAGCUUGCUACCUCGCCGGAUUGUUCUCAUCCAACCACUCCUAACUGCCAUCACGUUGGUCUUGCUGAUUGCUGCCAUUGGCAGUGGUUGGCGCGAGAUCGCCAUUGAAAUCAAGGUUGACCGUUCCUGGAUGCGACUGGCCUUCAUUGCCGUCGUCCCCCUCCAAUGUUGGCUUGCACUAUUCUUCAUGCAGUCAGUGGCUGGUUGCUGUGCCCAGAUCAUAGGUCCCAUAAGUCAAAUGAAUGCCAACACCAAGUUUUACUCUGGAAUGCCUCCCCCGCGCCUCCCCACUGACGGAAGCUAUACUUUGCCGCACGUCACUAUUCAAUGUCCAGUCUACAAAGAAGGUCUCUGGUCCGUGAUCGACCCGACAAUCAAAUCCAUCAAAGAGGCUAUCUCGACUUAUGAAAUGCAAGGGGGAACUGCAAACAUCUUCAUCAACGACGAUGGUAUGCAACUGAUCCCCGCCGAGCAAGCCCAAGAACGACGUGACUAUUACGACGAACACAACAUCGGGUGGGUGUCGAGACCAAAGCACGAUCCGAAGCCCGCAGAUUCCAGCCAAAGACCUUUUAUCCGAGCCGGUAAGUUCAAAAAGGCAUCCAAUAUGAACUAUGCCCUGAACGUCUCUGCUCGAGUCGAGGACAAACUGUUGACCAUCGUACGUCCGGAGGAUGGCACCUGGACUACGGAGCAAGAACGUGAGGUCUACCACGAAGCUCUUGCAUCUAUCGUUACCGAAGACGAAGGUCGUACGCAAGCAUCAGGCAACAUUCGCGUGGGGGACUACAUCCUGCUGAUAGACAGCGACACGCGUGUUCCUCGAGACUGUUUCCUGAGCGCAGUCUCAGAAAUGGAAAUCUCCCAAGAAGUCGCAAUCAUUCAGUUUGCCAGCGGUGUAAUGAACGUCACAGACUCGUGGUUCGAAAAGGGAAUCACCUUCUUCACGAAUCUUGUGUACUCAGCCAUCCGCUACGCAGUAUCCAAUGGCGACGUUGCCCCUUUUGUCGGUCACAACGCCUUUUUACGCUGGUCAGCUGUGCAAGAUGUUGCCUAUGUCUACGAAGAUAUCAACGACGGCAUCAUCAAGGAAAAGUACUGGAGCGAAGCCACCGUUUCUGAAGAUUUUGAUAUGGCUCUUCGUCUGCAAACCUCUGGGUAUAUCCUCCGCCUUGCAGCCUAUGCCGACCAGGGCUUCAAAGAAGGUGUCUCUCUGACGGUGUACGACGAACUCGCCCGCUGGGAGAAAUACGCCUAUGGUUGUUCGGAGCUCAUCUUCCACCCGUUUGCCCAAUGGCUCUCCAAGGGCCCCUUUACUCCCUUGUUCCGCAACUUCAUCAAGAGCUCGAUGCCAUUCCCGUCUAAAUUGACCAUUAUGGCCUACAUCGGAACUUAUUAUGCCAUCGGGAGCGCGUGGAUAUUGACGCUGUUCAAUUACUGCAUCGUUGGCUGGUUCAACGGCCACUUGGAUCAUUAUUACAUUGACAGCUUCAAAAUCUAUUUUGCCAUCAUCGUUGUCUUCACCGCCCUCGGCAAUCUCGCGCUGGCAGUAAUGCGCUACAGAGUCGAAGAUCAGACUCUCCUCUCGGCACUGUGGGAGAAUUUCCGUUGGAUCCCGCUUCUGACCAUCUUUCUGGGAGGCAUAUCCCUUCACGUCUCGCAAGCAAUCCUCUCGCACCUCUUCUCGAUCGACAUGUCCUGGGGCGCGACCAGCAAGGAAGCCACCGAUACGAGCUUCUUCAAAGAGAUCCCCACGAUUCUUCGGAAAUUUCGGUUCACAUUCAUCUUCUGUGCCAUCAUGAGUUUGGGCAUGAUUGUGGUUGCUGGCGUCGGUCCGCUGGGGAAACUGGUGCCAUAUGACUGGCAGAUUGCAUGGUUCACAGCGGUUUGGCCUUUGGCCACGGUUGUUGGGUCGCACGCAUUACUGCCGCUUGUGUUGAAUCCGGGAUUGAUGCAGUUCACCUUUUGA